CUAAAGUUUCAUUAAUUUCCCGCUAUUGGCAACAGUUGUUUCUCUCCCCCUCCCUCUCCCUCUCUCUCAACAGUCAAUAUCUAGGGUUUUGAAUUCUGAUACUGGUUAGGGUUCUCAAUUCUAUACCCUUUCAAGGUUUUAGGGUUUAGGGUUUAUUCUGCAAUUGAUUUUCUAGGGUUUCACAUCAUAAUCAAUGUCUGCACUCGAUCAAAUAUCCUCAAAACUCCAAUUCGCUGAAUCUAAGAAACACGACCUCAAGAAAGCGUUCGAAGACCUUCAAUCCCACUCUUCUUCUUUAGCAUCGCUCACUCUUCAAUGGGAGGAUCUCCAAACCCACUUCGAUUUAGUCCAAUCCUCAAUUGAACUCCAAUUCGAACGCCUCAAAUCCAAGGAAAUACAACUUCGUUCACUCGAAAUCGCCCUCGAUAGACGCGCUAAAGAACUCGAAUUAAAAGAAUGGCAAUUGAAUCGGCCCAUUGUUCCAUCGGGAGUUAAGUCCGAGCCAUUAGAGGAUGUUCCCGUAAAUAAUGGAAUUGAUCGGUUUUCCUCGAAUGCUAAUCUUCGGUUCUGUGUGACAAUGGAUGGGAGGAACUUGCAGUUAUUUUUGAAUGAGAAUGCGGACAAUCAUGGGAGGAUGGGAAACGAGGUUUUUGCGGCGCUACGGAUGUCAGCAGAUCCAGCAAAGCUGGUUUUGGAUGCGAUGGAAGGGUUUUAUCCGCCCCAUUUGAAGAAUGGGGUUGUGGAGUUUGAAGGGGCUGUUGUGAGGAGGAGUUGUGUGCUUUUGCUGGAGCAGUUGACGAGGGUUGGGCCACCCAUUAGGCCACAGGUGAGAGAAGAGGCAGCGAGAUUGGCCCACGAGUGGAAGGCCAAGAUGGGAGUGGAGGUGGGGGAUUCUUUGGAGGUUCUAGGGUUUCUGUGGCUUUUGGGUGCUUAUAGAUUGACUUCUGAUUUUGAUAAGAACGAAAUUUUGAAACUUUUUGAGAAUGUUGUUCAGCAUAGACAGGCUAAUGAGUUGGCUCGUGCCUUAGGUUUGACAGACAGUAGCGCUGGGACCGGCAUCCUUCUUUCCCAAGUAAUGACUAAUCAAUCUCCAUCCAAACGCUUGGAAUUGAAAAAUGCAAUUGCUUCUUCAUCUGUGAGACCCUGUCCUGAGCUUAAACUUUUGUGCAUCAAUAUGGAUGGAAAAGGUUUGUGGUCGUUUCUGAAUGAGCAUGUGAAGGAGCAUGAUUCAAUUCGUUGCGAAGUUUAUUAUGCUCUUCAAUUUGCACCAGAUCCGGCAGAACUUGUUGUGGAUGUAUUGCAGGUUUUUGAUGCUCCCAGAUCAGAGCUAAAUAAGGGAUUCAAGAUGGGUGUUAUUAGAAAGAGUUGCAUUCUUCUGUUAGAGCAGUUAUUUAGAAUCUCACCACCAAUUAAACCUCAUGUAAAAGAAGCGGCAAUGAAGCUUGCAGUUGAUUGGAAAGAGAAAUUUGUAAAGAAGUAUGAGGUUCCACAGAAGUUUUUAGGUUUUUAUCUGCUUUUAGCUAUAUAUGGAUUGGCCUCUUCUUUUGAUCCAGAUGAACUUCUAGGACUUUUGAUGAAUAUGGAUCAUAGUAAGAAGCUUAGGGUGACCCCUGAUUUAUGCUUGGCCCUUGGUUUGGCAGAUAAGAUUCCUAAUUAUAUCCAAGAUCUCAUAGAAAGGAAUCUGCUGAGUGAUGCUAUUCAAUAUAUUCAUGUAUUUGAGUUGGUUGACAAGUUUCCACCAGUAUCCAUCUUGAAAUCCUACUUAAAUGAUUCAAAGUGGAGAGUAUUCAAGAAGGAAAAGAACCCACAUUUGAGAGAGGACGAUGUCAUGAACAAAGAAUUAACUGCUCUGAGAGAUGUAAUCAGCUGCAUUACAGAACACCACCUUGAGUCUGAAUACCCACCGGAGGACCUAGAAAAACGCAUUGAGCAGCUGAAAAAGAAGGCAGACAAAAAAAAAUUCCUUGAGCAGCAGACAAAGAAGAAGGCAGACAAAAAAUGUCGUCGAGCCGUUGUUCCCAAACCUCAACCGCCUCAGCAGAGCAUUCCUCCUCAACUGCCAAAGCAGAGUGCCCCUGAACCUCAACCGCCACAGCAUAGCGCUCCUGAACCUCAACCAUCACAGCAGAAUGCCCCUGAAUCUCAACUGCCACAGCAGAGUGUCCCUGAACCUCAACUGCCAAAUCAAAACGUCCUCACACCUCAACGUUCACAGGAGAUUGCCCUCACACCACAACUGCCGGGGGAGAGUGGCCCCAAAUCUCAACCACCACAGCAGAGCAUCUUCAAACCUCAACCUCAACCUCAUUCUCAACCAUCACAGCUGAUUGCCCUCAAACCUCAACUGUCACAGAUCACUGUCAUACCUCAACGGCCCCAGCAGAGUAUCCCCAAACCUCAACCACCACAACAGAGUGGGAAUAAGCGUCCCUGGACGGCUAUGUCAGCAGAAGCUGCCCCGCCCACUUAUUUUGUUGCUUCUCCCACUGCUCACUCUAUACAACCGCCUCUCCAGCGGCCGGUAGGCUAUUUUAUCAAUCAAGCUGCACCAUACUUGAGCAUGUCUGCGGGACAUUAUAGAACUCCAGAUAGGCCCUAUGGACUUUCAGGCUUGCCUCUUGGAAGCCCUCACAGUGUUGCUGUUAAUGGGCUCAGUAGGCCAUAUGGUCCGGUUGGAAACCUCCCUGGUAUGGGUGUUGCAAACCCCAAUGGAUUCGUCCAUUAUUACCCCAGGGAUGCACUCAGGUAACUGGGGGAUGUAGGGUUGGUUUUUCUCAGUUCCAUUGAAUCUUUCUAUCGAUCAUACAGUCUUUGGACUGUAAUCAACCCAUUUUUCUGAAACUAAUCUUCUAUAGGACCAAUUUUACUGUAUAGUGCUUCCAAAGCUACAAUAGGGCCCCCAUUUACUAUAAAGCACUAGUAACUUGUCCAUAUUGAUGUACAUUUUUAUUUACUCAAAUAUCAUACCCUCUCAAUUUUUGA